AGAAGCAUCUGACUCAAACCUAAUCAUUACACAACACAUAUAUAAACUAUAAACCUCUUUAACUUGUAAAAUUCAACAACAUAGGAGACUAACUCAAUUUUGAGAUUCAUCAGAUUAUAAUGGGGAAGGGCAAUUCGGUGAAGACAGCAGCAGUGGUGCUCGGAGCCCUGGCUCUAGGAUGGGCCACAAUUGAGCUUGCUUUCAAGCCAUGGCUUGACCAGGCUCGAAAAGCUAUGGACAAGUCGGAUCCUGCUAAGGACCCUGAUGAUGCCUCUACUUCUGCUCCUGCUGCUCAUGAAGAGCAGCCUGCUUCUUAGGUUUAUUAAUACGUGUGUUAGCCUUCAUGGAUUUAGCUAAUUGUGAUGAUUUUUUGUUGGGAUGUGAUUUGGAUUAUACUCCUUUCUGUUUCAUAUUACAUGUUCACUUUUGAUAACUAAAAAUUGUUUCAAAUUAA